AAUUGGCACGAAUACAUUUUUCAGAAUGAGAUGCCGAGAAAGAGACAGAGUGAGCGAGAAAGAGAGGGCGUUUGAGAUCUGAAUGUACAAAUUUUCAACGAAAAUAAAAUUUCAUCGGUUGUUUUAGUUCUCGACACGACCUUUAAGCAUUAUGUUAUAAGCGGUGGCAUCCGUGCCAUUACAACUCAAAUAUUGUGAAAAGUGAAAAAUACAAAGUGGUUGUUUAUAUUUUUUGCGAGCUUUGUUCGUCGAUCGAAUGAAUUCGUUAAAUUAGCCGACUUGGUUGAUGCUUUUAGGGAAAUGUUGCAAUUGAACUAUAAAUUGAACCAGUUUUCGUUUGAAUCUGUUGAAAUCAAGGAGAAAAUGGUGCUCGAUUAGCUAUUCUAUUCAAUAUCCAUACAUAUCUUGUUUACAAAGUUUCCUUAGUCCAAUACAUGAAUGACCCUUUUUGAACAGUGCUAUUAUUACGAUCAAAAAGUCGACCUCAUGUACAGAUGCGAAAGUGAUGAUACACACCGUUUAAUUGAAUCUCAAUACAAAUUCCAUCAUAAUCAAUUUUUCUUUCCGAAUAUUCGCGAAGCUCGAUUUCGGCAAAAACAAUUCACCUGUUUCGUGAAUUACCGUCAACCGCGAUCAUUACAAUUUCAACAAAUCAUUUAAUCCAAUGAAGCGGAAUGCCACACAGUAGGAGUAAAUGUUUGACGGUGGUCAUCAAAAGAUAUAUAUUAAAUAAUUAUAAUAUUCACUCUCGAAAAUUUGCAAAUUGUUGUUUGGCUCAAUAAUUUAUUUCUGAUGUUCGCCAAGAUGACAUCGGAAUACAGGGAAAUUCCAUAUUUACACAUAAAAAUGAGUUUGAAAAUUAAAACCAAAUUGUUGCACUUGUGUUCAAGUAGUUUCAAGUUAAACACUCUAUAAACAUUUCAGCUUUGUUUCAUAAUUCAUUCACUCAUUAACUAGAUUGGACUUUAUUAAAGUGAAGACAUACACAUUCAUCGCACCGAGCAUGGUGAUGCCAAUGAAAAAAGUCUGCAGUUGACAGUGCAAGACAAUUACAAUGGAAUAUUUCAUUUAUAAUUUAUGACACGAUCUACGCAAUCACCUACAUUAGGCAGCUUGUUUUGCGUUUUCCGAAAAUGUAGCCUUGAAAAUAUUUUGCCAUUCUAUAAAUAAUAUCCAACGAAACACAACAACAACAACAACAGAAAAUAUAUCCAUUUGUUUUGCUCGUCCAAAUGUUCUAAUGGCUUGAACUUGAUCGGUUCUCGGUGUGUUUUAAUGAUCAUUUUCUAUACAUGAGCAAAAAAAUUCAUUGCGCUACUCCCACAGCAUCUCUGUGUAAUAAUAGGAAUAAGGCAUAAACAACAACCGAGAAUUUCGAGAAGAAAAAACAAACUGUUGACAUUCUGUGUGUCGGCGCUAUAUAAAAAUAGUCCCUGGCAGUGGUCGAAAUAUGACCACGAUAUGAGUUUGUGUUAUUUUAUUAAAUUCCUUUCUCGAUGACUUCACUUCGAACUGAUUUUUUGGCGAAAAAUAUCAUUUGUUUCUGUCAACAAAAAUGUGCUUGAAUUCAUCCGUUGCGACGAUUUUCUUAUUUAAUUUUGUUUUUGUUUGAUAAUUUAUUUGUGAUUUAAUUUGACUUUUUGUGUGAAAUUUAGAUAAUUCAGAGAGGAGAUUGGGAUAAGUGAAAACACGUGAUGAAAAAUAGUGUGUCAUCAAAUGGGUAAAAUUGUGCGGAUUGGAUAACACAUUUUCAAAAUUGUGAGAUGGCCUCAUCCGUAGCAUCGAUUUCAUCGUCAAAUGUGCCCUUUGGCCAAGUUUUACGACAUCAAAGUGAAAACAAUAUCUUGAAAUUAAAGUUGAAAAAGCCGAAAUCAUGGAAUUGGGAAUUGAGUACGUCCAAAUCAUCGUUGAAUAUUGACUUUCCACGGAUUUUACUGUACGAUAGCAAUAAUAAGUUGUUGGCCGACGUGGACGAGGCCAAUUUUAUUGUGAACGGAAAGGAAAAUGAGCCACAUACACCGGUGCAUCUUUCAUUAUCAGAAAUUAGCCGAAAAAGUCACUUGCCGAAAUCCCGUUCGUUUAGUGUAUCCAAUUUGUCGUUAAAUUCCACCAGAAAUUCUAGCAUUGUCAUUCACUCCGAUCGUUCGAAUGAUAAGUACAGUUCGUUGAAAAGCGAUAGUUCAUUUAAAAGCGAAAGUAAAUGCACCCGCUCUCAUAGCAUAGCAUCACAAUGCACACUUCAAAACAGCGAAGCUGAUGAAUCGAUAAAAAAUGGAAUUGAAGUGCCAUCAAAAGAGACAGAAAAGUUGUCCGAAGUGCCAAUCUAUAUUUACAGUGCCAAAGGGUUGAUAAAACGUGAUUUCAAUGCGAAGGAAUUCGAUGCGAUUCGAAAUCGGCAAAAUUCAUUGGAUAGUGGUAAAAGUGUUGAUCCACUCAAUCCACAGGAAAAUAAACCCUUGGUAGCAAAAGAUGAUAUGUUCAUGAUCCUUGAAGGGAAGAAGCAAGAUACGCAACCGACAACUAAGUUAGGUACAAAUCCACUUACAAAAUGCACGAGCAUGGCUGAAAUGUUGGCGAAUGGGAAAACACGAAGAAAAUCUCGACAGAAAAUUCGGCGAACAAAAAGUGCGAAUUUGUCAUUGUCGACAAAGUGUCAGACUAAGAAUGUGACACGAAAACCAUCACCACCAUCACCACCAUCAUCAUCGUCGUCUCCGUGUGGUGAGCACACUGCGAAACAAACGUGCCGAAAGCCAGUUUAUCACAUUCAGAAGAGCGCUGCCGGUACAAUUAUUGUGCCCGAAGAGAAGACGUCCCACCGAAGGCGUCGUCGGAGGCAUCGAUCGAAAAGCUCAGACAAAUUGGACAGAGACGAUUCGACAAAUCGCUCGAGCAAAGGAAGCGCCAGAAGCGGUCGCCAUUUAAAGCCAGUGUGUGACAUCACUGAUGAAUUCCCAAGCCGCCAUAAAACCAUAACCAAAACAGACAGUUUUAUGUCAAACGUAAUCUUAUCACACGAACUGAAUACAGAUGGAAAAAAUGUCGAUGAAUGCAUCAACGAAAUAAAUGAAAUUACGGAAUCCGUUGACAGUGAAAAUGGUAGAACCUAUAAAAAUUACAAUGAGCAUCUAGUUUCAAUUAAAACUGAAAAUAAUCAACCUAAUGUGAAAAAUGGUCGUGCAUCUUCAGCAAAUUCAAACAAUAAUGUCAAUAACGGUAACGAUGGUAAACAAAAGAAAGCUCAACUCAAUAGGAAAGUGUCCUUUGUUCAAUUUAAUUGUGAAAAGAGCGACGCAGACUGCAAUCGCAACGAAUGCAACAACGACAUAGGCAACAACACCAACAUCAUCCACAAUGAUUGGAUCGAUGUGCAGCUAUGCGAUGACUCGCAUCCAAAUGGAAAGUGCAUUAAUACAAGAGCGAUGAAUGGUGUUCGGAAAAAAGUGUUUCAUGGUAAAAUUAAAAAAAGUGCGAGUGUUGCGAGUUUUUGUAAUAACUAUUCCACAAGCGAUAGCGAUGACAACUGCGAUGAUACUCAUGCAAUGCCACGGGUGCGACAUAAAAAACGCCGCUUUUCUCAACGUCCCAAAUCGAGUUUCAAUUUAUAUCAACACCGUGGUGAUGAUCCAGCUGUGUCGCAUGUACAGAGAAAUUUGGACAAUGUCAUCAGUAAUUCAUCAGAUAAGGGGAGUUUGAUAAAAUUUGAGGAAAACUUAGCAACGUUUCAAAAUCAAUGGGCAUUUGAUAAAUGUGAACGGAAUAGAAGUGCUAUCUUAGAUGAAUUAUAUGAGAAUGGUCGCGAAAAAACGUACGAUUCGAGCCAGUGUGACGCUUCAACAACCUCAUUAACUGUAACACCGAUCAUAAAUAACGAUAACAAUUUUUAUGACAAUGUAACAGCGACAAAAAACACCAACAAAAACAGUCACUUAAAUUACCGCUAUCAAAAAGUCUACCAAGAUGGAACCGAUAAAACUGGCUAUUUCACAAACACAUUCUUCAUUAAUACCAUUAAGGAAAAUGAACAGUGCAGUGGCAACUACAGCAACAACAACAGUAACAGCAGCAACAAAAACAUCGAACUGAAAGAAAAAUUAAAAUAUAAGCAAAACCAACAGCGGCACGUUAAUAAUAUGGGAUCAAAUGUGUCACGGAACACAGCGAAAGGAUUAUCGGGUCGCCGAGCACAGUCUUCAGGCGACUUAACUAAUGGAAAUGUAAAUAAAUCAAACAAUGAGCGUGAGCAUCAAAUCGCAAUCGAGGCCCAAGCAAAUGAUCCAAAUUUAAUGAACGAUAAAGACCAAGUCGAUACACUAUGUCCAACGCCCGAUAUUUCACAACUGAUGAAUGUCAAGAGAUCUGAACGUAACAAAUUCUUUGGAAGCCUUCCCAAUCACUUAGAUUCCGAUGAAACAUAUCGAGAAAAUAUUUAUAACAAAAGCAAUACGCAGGAGACACAGAAACGUCCAUUUGAAAAGAACAAACUGGAAUGUGACAGCAUUCAAUAUCCUUCAUCAUCGCCAAGAGUAUGCGGUCAAACGAGCCACCAUCAAAACGCAAAAUCUUCCACUAGCAACGGAAUCGAAACCACAAUGCAUUUGAAACUUGCCAUAAAUCGAUCGAAUGUCGAUGUGGGCUACGAUCAGGGCUAUGGUUCGGAGCGUUCACCCGAAGAGGAGCUUCCACCGAUUUUAUCGAUUCCAUAUCAGUCAAUCGAUGCACAAGCACGUCCACAUUACCAUCAAAAACCACAAUGGAACAAUGGUACAAUCAGUGAAAGCGAUUUCAGUUUUAUUACCAAAGACUGUUGUUUCACGGUGCAAGUGAUGAAGAAUGAGCGUGGUUUGGGCAUUUCGGUUUACGGAGGCGUCGACUCAGCUCCCAAUGUGGCAUUCCGUGGACUGAUUCGCAUCAAGCGUUUGUUUCCGAAUCAGGCAGCCUGGAGCACAGGAAUGCUGCAGCCCGGUGAUAUUCUGCUCGAGGCGAAUAACACUUCAUUAACCGGAUUAACGAAUCAUGAAGCCCUUGAAGUGUUACGAACUGCACCAAAUUUGGUUAUUUUGUCAGUGUGUCGUCCGCAUGAUGAACAAUUUCGAAAGCUAUCUCCACCGGCAGAUCCGCCACGACCUCCGCAAAGGUCACUGCAUACCACAACCACAUUCGAACCGCAAUCUCCUACUAUACAAACCGCUUUUAUUGGCGAGUUCGAAAUCACUAUGGUUAAACAGCAAGGUUCACUUGGUUUUACACUACGAAAAGAGGAUGAAUCCGUGCUUGGUCACUAUGUGCGAGCGUUGAUACGUGAUCCGGCUGCAAGUGAUGGUCGAAUUAAGCCUGGUGAUAAAAUUGUAGCUGUCAACGAUGUUCCGUUAUGUCCAAUGACUCAUGAAGAGGCUGUGAUAUUUUUAAGACAGGCAAACGACCGAGUCAAACUGCGGUUGUAUCGUGACAAUUCACAGACACCCAUUGCAUCAAUAUCGCCAUCAACGUCAGAACAAUACAUUUCAAAUGCUGGAAAGCCAAAGGCGAGCUUACGGCCAGAGGCAAUGAAUUUACUAAUUGACUUGGCGCAUAAAAAUCGGAAGCAAAGCUGUGACUCGUACUCAACUGGAUCGUCAGUUCAGUCGAGCUCUGCAUCACCAACAACUUGGCGCUUACGGCGCAACAACAACAACAACAACAUUAACAAAGUCAAUUCGAACGAUAACAACGCCGAAUCAUAUAGUGAGAAUGAAAAGUCUGCUUCGAAGAGUUUCGAUUAUCAAAACCAAACAUACACUGUAACAAUGCAAUCUUCAUCAGUUUGUUCGGACUCGGAAACAUCAACCAUAUCUCAGGGCUCGUUUAUUAAUAAGGCAUUGAAACAAGCGCCACAGUGUGACAAUAGAGUUAUGAACGGUACCUUCACAGUGGAUCAAUUCAAACAGCCGCCACCGCAGCAGCUGCCGUUGCAGCAAAGACCAUGCGGAGAAGAUUCAGAGUAUUAUAACGAGGAAGAGUUGUGGCGUUUGAUGGAUGUGGACGAGUACGGUACAGCAGAGCAUCCGGAUAGACCUAGCCAUUUGGAUAUAGGUGGAAGUAGUGGCUGUACUCCAGUCGUGUCUCGUAAACCCAUGUUCCAGUUUUCUGCCAAUGGCUAUGAGCUGAAUAAUUUGGAUAAUGAGGCUCUCGAUGCACCUGUGUACAAUUCAAUGUGUAACAAUCCAAAUCUAAACAACCAACCGUACCAAGAUGGGAUCAAUAAUGACUUUACUAGUUUACCUUGUGAAACGUUUUUGAUGUCAUCGCGUGUUAACAGCAAUUGUGCUACCGAUGAUGAUGAUCAAUUUGCAUAUAAAAACCCAAUGUACCAAUCAGCUCACGUCCAAGUCAAGUCAAAACCAAUUGUUAAUGAUGAAGAUAUUUAUCAUGUCGAACACUCCGAAGAAGGUUCGAAAAAUUUAUUAAAAUGGAAAGGUGUUAUGUUCGGAAUAGAUGAAGGUGACAAAACAAUGGCCGCUGUUAAUGUACAAACGCCGGAGACGACGACUUCGUCCGAACCGGAUUCCAGUUGCGCUACAAUGAUUGAAAUUAACCCAAUUGCGGCUGAUAAUGCCAAAGACAUUAAUCCAUUGAAUCGAAUUACAUUCGAUGACACAACUCAUGAGAUAAUAACGGUUGAGUUGAGUCGCGGUUGGAAUAGCCGUCUAGGUUUCAGUCUCCGAAAUGAACCAAACUCAAUGCAAACCACAAUUAGUGCAAUUUAUAAUGAUAGUGUAGCAGCUAAGGAUGGCCGAUUGAGAGUAGGCGACCAAAUUCUGAUGGUAAACGAUGAGUCGGUGGAGGGAAUGACUACUGGCGAUAUUAUAGAUUUAUUACGGAUAAUUCGAGGAUCGAUUGUAUUGGUAGUGAAACGGCCACGCUAUUGAAUUGAGAGUUCCAUUGAAACAAAACAAAAACAAAAACAAAAUCAAAAUCAAAUGCAAAUUUCAUAUUUUAUUCCACAAACAUAAGUAUGACCCAUAUGAGUGCGUAAAGAGUAAAUAAAUCAAGUAAUCUCAGCCAUUCAAAGGGGUUGAGGGGUUGGCUAUGUAACCGCACUCAUUGAGCGUCAUCAAUUCUUAUAUGUAACAUUCUAACUUAACUUUCAAUCGCGCAUAAAUGAAAUGUGCAACAAACUAAAUACAAAGUCACAUACACAAAAUUUACGCGCAUUUAACACUCAAACACACAUACAACACUCGCUAGUUUUUGCCAAUAAAAAUUCAACUAAGAAUAGACAAUUGCACCACCUACAAAUGACGUUUAUAACAAUCAUCUUUGAUAAUGUAAUCUCGUUCGGUGGAGAAAGAAAAGAGAACAAGAAAAUCACAAAUCAUUCGCUUUAAAAUAUUCAUUUUGUUUAUUAUGGUAUGUGACGUGUAUACAUUGCUGAUAUUGUGAUACCAGUCUAUAAGAAAACCAGCAAAACCAUGUAAUUAUGAUGUGUCGAGAACGAGAAUUACAUUACAUAUUAACAGUC